UAUCAUGACAUCAUGUCUUGCCACCCAGAAAACCUUCAGUGGGAGCACUGGAGCUUUGAGAACGUUGCCACCCUCCUGGCUCGCCGGUUCCCCAAUAGCUUUAUUUGGGUUGUAAAGUGUUCUCGAAUGCACCUGCACAAAUUCAGUUGUUACGACAACUUUGUGGCGAGCAACAUGUUUGGAGCACCAGAGCACAGCACUGACUUUGGAGCUUUCAAGCAUCUCCACGCGUUGCUAGUUAACGCGUUCAGACUCUCUCAGAAUACUCUGCUGGCCCAGAAAAGUCUGCGUGGUGUCAGCAAGGAUGCAAAAAGAGCUGCUUGUAAAUCGCAGCCGCAGCCUGUCCCUACAGCAAAUGGCUGCUCGUCCACAGAGAGAGAGAGAGGUUGUGAAUGCUCUAAUAAUUCUGCUGUGAACUUCGUUGCACCGUCUGCUGUAGGUGCAGUGUCAUUUACUUUGAUUGGCUUCAGUAAAGGUUGUGUGGUUCUGAACCAGCUGCUUUAUGAGCUGAAGGAAGCUAGAAAAGACAAGAAUACAGAAGCCUUCUUAAAAAACAUAAAAGCAAUGUACUGGUUGGAUGGUGGUCACUCGGGAGGAAGCAAUACUUGGGUUACCCACCCUGAAGUGCUCAAAGAACUUGCAGAGACAGGAAUUGAAGUUCAUGCUCACGUUACACCAUACCAAGUGUUUGACACAAUGAGGUCAUGGAUUGGGAGAGAGCAUGAGAAAUUUGUACAGAUACUUGAAGAAUUUGGUGUGGAAAUAAAUUAUCAACUACAUUUUGCUGAUGACGUUCCCUCCUUAGAAAACCAUUUCAGAGUUCAUGAAGUAUUUUGAGACUGUAUGUAUCUGAAUAUUCAUGGUAAAAGCACUUUUAACACUGAAAAUUAUGUAAUCUAGAUUUACAAGUUUGAGCAGAUGCUUUCUGAAGAGAAUACUUAAUCAGUCCUGUCUUGCUAAUAGAUGCUAUGUAUAAAUUUCAUAUAUGAAGUAGCUUAAAAAGGAGAAUUGGGACCCCAUACCUACAGUAGAUGUUCUAAUUUGGUUUCUGGAA